AUGGCGGCAGAGCUUUCGAACGAUGCGCCUCGGGCAGCGGCCCCGGCGCUAAACGGCACGCCCUAUAUAAGCAAUCCCCUGUCGAAGAAACUUCACGGCAGGGCUUUCUAUGAGAGCAUUGGCAGCCCGAAAUUUGUCAUUGCUCCUAUGGUGGAUCAGUCAGAGUUUGCUUGGCGAAUGCUCUCACGGUCCUUCCUGCCGCCGUCUCAAAGGUCCAAGAUCCUUGCCUAUUCCCCAAUGCUCCACGCUAGACUCUUCGCCGAGAGCCAGAAAUACCGCGACACCCACUUCCAGCCAACCCGCGAGCCGCUAGGCGCCACUCCACAAUCCCCGGGCACCCUCGCCUCCCUCACCCCCUGGCUCGACGGCAACCCGUCGAUCGACCGCCCUCUCUUCGUCCAGUUCUGUGCCAACGACCCAGAUACGCUCCUCGCGGCCGCGCGGCUGGUGGCCCCCUACUGCGACGCCGUGGACCUGAACCUGGGCUGCCCGCAGGGGAUCGCGCGCAAGGGCCGCUACGGGGCCUUCCUGCAGGAGGACCAGGACCUGGUGUACCGGCUGGUCAACACGCUGCACGCGAACCUCGCCGUCCCCGUGACGGCCAAGAUCCGCGUCCUGGACACGCCCGAGGCGACGCUGGCGUACGCGCGCAACGUCCUCGCCGCGGGGGCCAGCGUGCUCGCCGUGCACGGGCGCAGGCGCGAGCAGAAGGGCCACAUGACGGGCCUCGCCGACUGGGCCGCCGUCCGGCACCUGCGCGACAAUCUGCCGCCCGACACGGUCCUGUUCGCCAACGGGAACGUCCUCCGCCACGACGACCUCGAGCGCUGCCUCGCCGCCACGGGCGCAGACGCCGUCAUGUCCGCCGAGGGCCACCUCAGCGACCCGGCUAUCUUCGCGACGCCGCCUGGUCUCGGGGUGGAUGAGGAGGGCAGGAAGGAGUACUGGCGCGGAAGGGACGGGCGCGGCGGGUGGAGGGUCGACGCCGUCUUCAGGAGGUACCUCGACAUCCUGCACCGGUACGCCCUCGACGCCGAGCCGCCCGCCCGCAGGCCGCUCUUCGUCCCCGGCGACGACGCCGGGUGGCUCGUGCCGGCGGCUGCUACAAAGGCGGCGGAGGGGACAGAAGCAACGGCCCGGGGAGGCGACGGGGAUGGCCAACCGCCCAGCAAGAAGCGCAAGAGGGACCCCGUCUCCAAGGCGGUGGCGGCGGCCCAGGCCGGCCCGAACCUCUCGGCCACGCAGGCGCACCUGUUCCACCUCCUCCGGCACUUCGUGACGCGGCACACCGACGUGCGCGACGCGCUCGCCCGCGCCAGGUCCGGCGAGCUGGCGGUCCUCGAGCGCAUCCUCGACACGGUGGAGCGGAGGGUCGCCGAGGGGCUGGUAGAGUACGAGCACACGGGUGGGGCGUGUGUUGAGGAGGAUGGGAAGGGAGAAGCGGAGGGGGAGGAGGUGGUGGUAGAAGAGGAGGACGGCGACUACCAUGACGCGGAGAGCUCUGUCAAGGCAGUGAGGGAGUGCAGGCGGCCAUGGUGGGUCGCGCAGCCCAUUAUCAGGCCGUUGCCCAAGGAGGCUAUCGCGAAGGGGGCGAUAACGCUGAAGAAGGCCAAGGCGGGAGCGGGAGGGGGAGGGGAAGGGAAAGGAAAGGGAAAAGGAGAAAGAGGUCCCGAGUCUGCCUCAGCUGUGGAUGUGAAAGAGGGUGCUGGUGACGUCGGGGGAGGCGUAGGCCCCGGUAGGAGUAAUAAUGGCGCCGAGGCAGCUCUGGAGAGGAAGAUUAGCUUCCCUGAUAGCCUUUCUGGCAAGAAAAACCCCGAAAAGCCCCGAACGCAGGAGGUCUAG